AUGGGACAAUACAAAUGCCAUCAUGUAGCAGCAGCACUAUUGUUUGGGUAUAAGAAAGCUAGCAAAACUGAUGUCAAGUGUAGUUGGAUGAAACGUCCCAAGUCUGCGCCACCAAAGGCUACAGUGACCAUGAGUAAACUUUAUCCUGAAAAGCAAACUGGAUACAGGUAUAUAGAUAUUCCAGUGAAUUACUUCGAAAUUUUAUUGUAUUCUAUUCUGGCUUUACAUUGGAUACUGUUGGAGGAGCCAGCAUCUCAGGCAGCGCCAGUGCCAUUGGUUGAAGACUUGUUGCAGAGCCAUGAAUACCUAUCAGCCUCACAGCCACAUACAUGGUUAUUGGGUAAACAAGUGUUGAGUACAGACGAAAUAAAAUCGACUGCAUCUGUGACUAGUGGCCAAAGGGUAAAUGCAGUGUGGGCUGCAGUGAGAAAGCUCAGAUUUACUGCCUCCAAUCUUGGACAGAUCAUAUCGGCUGCAAAACGCAACAGGAUGACGUUAUCCCUGGAGACACGCCUUCUUAGUUCUUACAAACUUGAAAAUCAGGCCCCUAUCCAGUGGGGCAUUACCCACGACAGAAAUGCCAUAGACGACUACUGCAAAGCAGGAAGUGCAACUGUAUUACCCACAGGUAUUUGGCUUCACCAGUCUGGUAUCCUUGGUGCCUCUCCUGAUGGACUCGUUCAGGGGGAGUACAGUGGACCUUUUCACUUGCAACGAAAAAAGCAACAGCUAUUGUCACCAGACAUCAUAGAAAUCAAGUGA